UGGCGCCCGUGCGCGCUCCGCACACCUGUCUGCCCCGGGAGGCUUCAUUAGGCCGCGCCUGUGCAGCCCGCCGGCCCCACCGCGGAGUCCAGGCCAUGGAACCCACCAAGGAGCCCCGCCGGGAACCGCGGGGCCAGGAAGGUGGAGGCAAGCCCCUGGCUGCGGGGUCGGAGAAGGAAGGACCACCACGGAGUCCAGCCCCCACCACUCAGGAUGUCCCACGUGGGGAGCCGCCCCUCUCCUGCGCUGUCCUGGGAGAGAAGACGCCACCCAAAGCCCCUGACGCCAGGGGAGCAUGCCAGCCACUGGGCUCUGUCCACAAAGACAGAACUCUGGUCCCGCCCCGCCCCCAGCCUCAGGGAGACGGGUGUUCCGUCCCCAGGAGAGAGGCCAAGGCAGGGAAGAGGUCCUUCGCUCCCGGCUCCAGGAAGCAGAAAAAGUCUGUCGCCAUGGGUCCAGUCUCCAUGUCACCUCCCCGAGUCACUAACUCAGCCCGUGACACCAACAACCCAGUGCCCUGUGGGUCAGGCCGGGGGCCCUGCCACCUGGCCAACCUCCUCAGCACGUUGGCCCAGAACAGCCAAAACACAGACCAAAAGAAGCCCCUAGAAGUGACCUGCCAAGUGCGGAAAAAGACUCGAACCCUGUACCGCUCAGACCAGCUGGAGGAGCUGGAAAGGAUAUUCCAAGCAGACCACUACCCUGACGGUGACAAGCGCCGGGAGAUUGCCCAGACAGUGGGGGUCACCCCCCAGCGCAUCAUGGUAAAGGGGGCUGGGCAGGGACGGGUGGAGGAGAAUCCACGCUGGGCCUCUGGACAGCAGGCAGGUGCGCAGCACCUCUGGCUCGGGCCGAGGUUACAGCUCUUAGGGCUGUGUUCUUGCGUGUCCACAUCGCUGUGGGUGUGGUUCCAGAAUCGCCGGGCAAAGUGGCGAAAAGUGGAGAAACUGAAUGGGAAGAAGGACAAGGACAGUCCUGCAGGUCCAGCCCCUGCCAGCGGCCAGGACAGCUCUGCUGCUGAGCUGCCGCCUGCUGUGCCCAUGGACCCGGAGCCUGGUGCCUUCCCUCAGGAGCCCCCUCUAUGCACACUGCCAGAGCCCCCCAUGCUUCUGACAUCUGACCAGACUCUGGCCCCAACCCAACAGAGCGAGGGUGCUCAGAGGGUGGCAGUGACCCCACCACUCUUCAGCCCCCCGCCUGUCCAAAGGGCCAACCUUCCCUUCCCCCUCGGCUCUGCCCACACCCCCCAACUGAUGCCUCUGCUGAUGGACACACUUGGCAGUGACAGCAGCCACAGAGAUGGCUCCUGUGGGUCCUGGGGGACAAGUGUCACCCCACCCCCUACCUGCUCAUACCUGGAAGAGCUGGAACCCCAGGAUUACCAGCUGAGCAACCAGCCGGGGCUGUUCCAGGUCUCCCAGGCUCCGCAGACCCAGCUUUUCCAACAGCCUCAGCCCCAGUUUUCCUAUCUGCAUCCCUUCCCCUUCUCCACGCCCAGCUCACUGACGCCCCCGCUGCCAGAAGACGCUUUCUUCCCUCCACCUUACGGCCCCAAUGGGGGGACCUCGCAGGGCUACUUCUCAGCGCCCCUGGCAGGGCAGGGCCUGCUGCAGCCGCCUGCUGGGAGCAUGGGCACAGUGCCCUGGAAUGACCCUUGCUUGCCAGAACUGCCCUUCCCUGGUCCCUUCUGUCCCCAAGCUCUGGGGCACCCCUCAGGAGGGGACGGCUACUUUUCCGAUCUGUUUCCGGCUCCCUAUGCUCACCCUGUGAGCAGACAGCCUUCUCCAGGGCCCAGCCGGCUGCCUGACGGGGCCAGGCCAGGAGCUGGGCCCUUACCCAGCAAGGCCCCCAGUGAGCAGCCCAGGGCCACUGUGGAGCAGCAUUUGGCACCCGAGGAGGCCCGAGAGGAGGACAGAAACAGCCACGGCCCCUAGUCCUGGGGCCACAUGUCAGACAGGCCGCUGGGUGGAGGGGUUGGGGCGCCAUCAGGGAGAUGGCGGCAGAAGCAUUAGGAAAGACGGGGGGCUGUGUCGACUGGGGUGCAAGUCGGACGUGCUCCUGUGUGAGCUCAUCUUGCUGGGCGCUGGUGUGAGGAGGGAGGGGCUGGCUCUACCCGAAUCUCCACACCUCUGUACGGUGUCGGCCCUGAAGGUGAUGGCCGGUACCACUUUGGAACUCUGUAUCAGCUUGUGUUGUUUCCUUUCCUGGCCAGACACAUGAGCCAGAGUGUUCAUUGUAAGCAGUAAACGAGUGUGCUGUUGGUUUCUCUCUGUCAUUACCGUCUCCCCCUCACACACUGAGCUCCAGUCCCAGGUGAGGUUGCCACUGGGC